AUGGCGGCACCCCAGGCCCAGCCCCACAAGCGGCCAGUUGUGUCUGAAGGGGCGGCCUCCUUGGGACAGCAAACACCAGCAGCCAUCCCAGGGAUCGCGCCUCCCUCCCUCGCGCCCCGCCUCGGCUCUCGAUGCCGCCCAGCCUUGGCAGCAGCAGCAGCCUCCAGGAGCGCAGCGCAGCGCGCCAGGCUGGGACUGUCCCGCCGCCUGGAGGGAGCCCCGCCCGGCGAGCUCCGAGUCUGGCGUCACCCACCACCCGCGCCCAGGUACGGGCAGCAGCAACGGGCGCAUCUUGGGCGCAGAGACGAGCGGGGAGCCCGGCGGCGGCGGCGGCGGCAGCGGCAGGACCCCUCCGCCCGCGCCUCCCUCUCUCGGGCCGCCAGACGGUCCGCGCCGUCCAAUCUGCUCCCGCCGUCGCACGCGCAGCGCGCCCGCGCCUCCUCCGAGGGGGGGGCUGCUGCCCCCCGCCCCCUCCUCCCCCGCGCCGAAACCUCAUUUCCUCGUUGCCGCGGCCUCGGCAGCUUCAUUUCCGGGCGCGGGAGGCUGGCGCGUGACCGGCUCGCCUGCGAGGCCAUCAGGCUGACCGGAGCCGCGACCGGCGGGGAAGCCCCGCCCCCCCCCCCGUCACACCUGCCUGCUGCCCCAGGGCCCAUAAACUCUCUGGACGGGAUCCCAGGAGGAGGCCAGGGCUGGUGCUGGAGUGGGAGGCCCGAGGAAGCCAGGCCAGGGAAAGGGCCCUGCUGGGCCGGCGCCAUUUGCCCGUUUCCGGGGCCAAGGGGGCCGCCUGCCCAUGAUGAGGCCGUGGAGGAGGAGGUCCACUCAUGGGCGGCCCUCUUGGCCUGGGUGGAAGCGCCGCCCUCCGGCCAGGCUGCUUCCCCCACUUGUCACGUGGUGCACGGUGGGAUCCGCGGAGGCCGGGCCGCAGCAGCAUCACGCGCUGCACCACACACCACUGCCCAUCUGGGACAUCCGCAUUCCCAGAAUAACAACCUCGCUCAUCUGGGGGGAAGUACAGGCACUCUAGGAUUGGGGUCCAAGAGGGAUCCCUCGCCAGAGUCUGGAUUGCUCACAAAACGUGGGAGAUACUCUGGUGCGCCACUGAAGACGACCCAGGUGUGGUUGAAAUGCAUCUGGCUGUCAAGAAGAACCACUGAAGGACCGUCUCCUUGGAAAUCUCUCUAUCAUUUAAGACUGUUCAUGGGAUCUUCCUCCCCAGCUCUGAAGGCCCAGACUUCUAGCAUGUGGAAUCUUGUGACUUAAGAACAUCAGAAGAGCCUGUCUGUUGGAUCAGGCCCGCAGUGGCCCACCAGAUGCCUCUGGGGAGCCCACAAUCAGGAGAUGAAGGCAGGCCCCUUCUCCUGCCAUUGCUGCACCUGCCUCUGAGCCUAGAGGUCGCCUAUGGCCAUCAAGACAACCAGGAGCCACUGAGAGACCUGCUGACCUCCAUGAAUUUACCUGACUGUCUGUUGAAGUCAUCGACACCUUGGUCACCAGAACACCUGCAGCAGCGGCUUCCGCAGAUCAAUGAUGUGUGCAGAAGCCCUUCCUCCCUCCCUCCCUCCCUCCCUGGGGUAUGUCCUUCUAAACCCACCUGUCCAGCCCUUCUGCGAGGGGGCCUGCUUCUAGUGUUGUGAGAGACACUCUUGCCAUGCCCUGCAUCAUUUUAAAAGCCUGAACCACACACACACCAUUUAGUCCUUUCUAAACUAAAAGGCCACCAAUGCUGUAGCCAGCUCUUGCAGUGGUCGCCAUGGAAAGUG